AUGAAUAACAACACGACUCGCACAGCAGAUUUUGUAUUACCUUUAUUCACAGUCAUCUUUGGUUCAAUAGCUAGUAUAAUGUCAGCUAUGAUCUUAUUUAUUGUUAUUUAUCAUCAACACAAGAAUCGAGUAACAAAAGAAAAAAGAAUUACUCUUAUUUUAUGUGUUAAUAUUUAUCUUUGUAUUUUUCUUUGGUCAACAAUAUUAAUGCUGCUAAAUAUUCGUACCGUGUUAGGUGAUCUUUAUGGUCUAAGUUUUGAUUCAAUACAAUGUAUAUUUUAUGGAUAUAUUGAUCUUAAUAUUUCCGGUACUUUUUAUUAUGGAUUCGUUACUCAAGCUUUCUAUCGUUUUUGUCGUAUUAUAUAUCCAGCAUACAGAUGGUAUCAAGUAUAUUGGCUUUAUAUUAUUGCAGUACCACUUCAAUUUAUCAUGGCUUGUUUAGUUAUGUGUCCACUUUAUUUUUGGCAUGCAGUCGUAUAUAUGCCUGGGUUAUACCAUUGUUUUAUACCAAUUCAGAAUAUUCUUGGUAUUGUUUGGAUGUUUUUUUUCUUCUAUGGACUGCCUGUCUUCUUUUUAUCAGUUACCUACAUUCGUAUCACAAGAUAUAUUCAUCAACAGUCAACUAAUCAGACAAUAGCUGUCAAACGUCGACAAGCACGAGAUUUUGUUGUUAUUAAACGUAUUAUGGCUCAAAUUAAUAUGUUGUUCACCUUGGCAUUACCGGGCACGAUUCUGAUGAUCAUCAGUUAUGUCACAGGAAAUACAUAUCCUGUACAUUAUCGUGUUGCAUGGCUUUCGAUUGAAUUAUCUCUAAUAAUACUAAGUAUAUUAAUGAUUGUUAUGACACCUCAGUUGAAAACUAUUGUUAUAUCAAAAUGGAAACGAGAUAGAGUGAUACCUGUGGCUGCUACUGUAGGAAAUUCAGUUGCAACAAGAACAGUUGGUACUCUUCAAUAA